CUCUCUCUUUUCCUCUCUCUCUCUCUUUCUCCUCCCCCUCUCCAUGUGCUUCUCAGGCUGUCUGUUUGAGAAGAAGCUCUGCCCCAGAGACCAGCCAUGCUCAGAUGAUGGGCUGUUUGGCCAAUGUCUGCUCCCCCAGCAGGAGAUGGUUCUGUAUGAGGUGUCAGUGCCUGUGCUGCACAGACUACAGGAGGUGCUCAAGGAACUGAUGAUGCAAGGAUUGUCCUGGCAGGAUGACAUCACCCAGUACGUCAUUCGCAAGGAGCUGAGCCGUGUUUCACUGACCCGCCCCCUGUCUGGACGUCAUGACAACCCCUCGUCUCAGUCCUCAGAACCUGUGCAGAAUGCCCAUCCUUCCAAGAUGCAGUAUCCUCCCAGCUCCAGGACCAAGGCUCAAGGGGAUGAUCCCAACCCAGACCUGAUGCAGAGUUACCUGGACUACAUGAUCGUGGAUCCCCCAAGGCCUCCCAGUCCCUCCACAUGAAAACUCUGGACCCUUACACCUACCGCCAGCAGUAUGGUUACCAAGACGACGAGGAGCGCUCUCUUAACUCUCUGGAGGGUGGUGGUUUCCCCCGCCCUUCUACUCACGCCGGGGGUUAAGAGUCCCGCCCCCAGGACCGAGACCGCCAGUUGCUCCAGGACCUGGUCUCCCUGUACCUCUCCUCCCCCGCCCAGCCGGCCUCCCGCCACCGUGGGGCAGCAACACCGAUCUCUACCUCUCCCUUGUACCAGGACCUGGACUUCCCUCUGGACUACGUAGAGGACUACGUUUCCCAGCAGGACGUGGAGGUCCGC